AGCAAAACACUUCAACUUCAAAAAUCAAACUUAACAUGGCAUUUUACAUUCGCAUUUCCAUGGAGUUAUUUACAUGGGCUUCCUUAUUUUUCUGCUCUACAAUUUGUCUUGGCACUGGCAGCACACUUAUGGCAGGAGCAACACCAGAGGCACUAGCUCUGUGGAAGAGUGGGUGGUGGAAUGCCACCAUCAACAACGUUGCAGACCAUUGUAGCUGGCCUGGUAUAACAUGCAACGGUGCAGGGAGCGUUACCGAGAUUAGUCCACCUGCCUUUAGUGUGGGAGAGAAGUUUGGACAAAUGAACUUUUCUUCCUUCCCCAAUCUUGUUCGCCUUAAUCUUAGCCACCAAGGACUCGAUGGGAGCAUCCCUCCUCAAAUUGGUGAUCUUACAAGACUCAAGCACCUUAAUCUGUCCAACAACAAUCUAACAGGUACAUUGCCUUCUUCACUUGGAAAUCUCACUCAAUUACGGAUGCUUGACUUAUCUUUCAAUUAUAUAGACUCCAUCUCCCCAAAAUUCAAGAAUUUGAAGAAUCUUGUUUCUUUGAACUUGACUGGGAACAACCUCACUACAUCCGUUGCUCCAAUUAUAGGCCUUCUAACCAAUCUUUCCCACUUGGGGUUGGCCUCAAAUCAUUUCCAUAGUAGUAUCCCUCCAGAAAUAUUGAACUUGAAGAAUCUUGUGGCGUUAGACAUGAGUGAGUGCCACCUCAAUGGUCCAAUCCCUUCCAAUAUCAGUCAUUUAACCAAUUUGGUAUCUUUGACUCUUGCAAACAAUCUAAUCAAUGGAUCCAUACCUUCAGAAAUGGGGAAUCUAAAGAAUUUGGUUUCUCUAGAUCUGUCUGACAAUUGGCUGGUAGGUCUAAUACCGUCCUCUCUUGGACAAUUAACCAGUUUGACAGUUUUAGACCUCAGUUUCAAUUCAUUUAGUGGUUGCAUCCCUCUAGAAUUUGGAGAAUUGACAAAUCUCACUGAUCUCCUCAUGAAACAGUGCGGACUUGUUGGGCCACUCCCUCCAACUUUGGGUUACUUGACAAAUUUGAGAUACUUGUUUCUUUAUGAUAAUCAAAUCAAUGGCUCUAUCCCUUUGGAAUUGUCAAACCUUAAGAACUUGAUUGAUUUGAAUCUUUUUGAAAACAAUUUAGGGGGUAAAAUCCCUCCUUCUCUAUCUCGUCUGUCCAAUUUGCAGUAUUUGGGUCUUUGUGAAAACAAUUUAAUAGGUCAAAUCCCUCCCUCUCUAUGUCGUUUGUCCAAUUUGCAGUAUUUGUAUCUUUAUAAAAACAAUUUAACAGGUCAAAUCCCUCCAUCUCUAGGUCGUAUGCCUUCAUCUCUAACUCAGUUGUCCAAUUUGAGGCAUUUGAAUCUUGGUUCAAAUCAUUUACAUGGUUCCAUUCCUUCUAAAAUAGGAAUUAUGACCAAUCUAUCUUUUUUGAAUCUUGGUACUAACAAAUUCACUGGUUCAAUUCCUCCCACCUUACUUCAGUUACCUAAUUUGUAUGAAUUGUGUCUUGAUUCAAAUCUUUUAGAAGGUUCAAUACCCAAAGAGAUUGGGCAUUUGAAAUCUUUGCAGUAUUUGAACCUUUCCCAAAAUGGAUUGAGUGGGCAGAUCCCACCACAGCUUGAGAAUUGCUCCUUUCUAAAAGAAUUAGAUUUGAGCCACAAUUCCAUGGGUGGAGACCUCCCUUUUGUAAUAGGAAAUAUGAAGAAUCUACAUAUUUUAGAUCUUAGUGUUAACAGUUUCACUGGUCCUAUUCCUUCCACUCUAGGUCAUUUAACCAAUUUAACCAAUUUGUAUCUUGAUUCAAAUAAUUUGAAAGGGUCAAUACCUUCGCAACUUGGGGAUUUACGAAACUUGAAUGUAGAUGGCUUGAAUCUCAGUUGCAAUAAUCUCACAGGCCUAAUCCCACAAAAUUUGGCCAAUUUUCCAUCCAACUCUUUUAUAGGCAACCCAAGUUUAUAUGGUUAUCUUCUUAGCAGCCCCACUACUUCACCUUCUCCUUUCACUCAACAGAGGAAAAAUAGCAACAAGGUGUUAAGACAUGUUAAAAUUAUUCUUCCCAUCACCAUUUCUCUUGUUUUGGUAUCUCUAGCAUUGUUGUUACUUUCUCGGACAAUAAAUGGAGCUAAAAGUAAGGAACCAGUUCUAAGUCCAACAAAAAAUGGGGAUAUAUUCUCAAUUUGGAACUUUGAUGGGAAGGUUGCAUAUGAAGACAUUAUUGCAUCAACAGAAGAUUUUGACAUUAGAUAUUGCAUUGGUACUGGUGGCUAUGGUAGUGUUUACAGGGCACAAUUGCCAAAUGGCAAAGUAGUUGCUUUAAAGAAACUUCACCAAAAGGAAUCAGAGGUACCCAUUUUUGACAAGAGUUUUAGGAAUGAAGCUAAGAUGUUGACAGAAGUACGACAUAAGAAUAUUGUCAAGCUUCAUGGGUUUUGUUUGCACAGACGAUGCAUGUUUUUGAUCUAUGAAUACAUGGAAAGAGGAAGCUUAUUUUGUGUCCUUAGAGAUGAUGUUGAAGCUAUGGAAUUGGAUUGGAUCAAAAGGGUGAAUGUCAUAAAAAACACAGCACAUGCUUUGUGUUACCUUCACCAUGAUUGUGUCCCACCCAUCCUUCAUCGAGACAUAUCAAGCAACAACAUUCUGUUGAACUCGAAGUUGGAGGCUUUUGUUUCUGACUUUGGAAAUGCUAGGCUUUUGGAUCCUAAUUCAUCUAAUCAUACCACACUUGCUGGCACCUUUGGUUAUAUUGCCCCAGAGCUUGCUUAUACAAUCGUUGUGACUGAGAAAUGUGAUGUUUAUAGCUUUGGGGUUAUAACAUUGGAGGUAUUGAUGGGAAGGCAUCCAAGAGAGUUGCUAUCAUUGUUAUCAAAACCAUGUUCUUUGCAAAAUGUGAUGCUAAGUGAUGUAUUGGACACACGCCUAUCACCUCCAAGAAGCCAAACUGUUUCCCAAAGUAUUGUUGUUGUUGUUAUGCUUGCAUUGGCUUGCUUGCGUGCAAAACCCAAGUCCAGACCAACAAUGAAAUUUGUGUCUCAACAAUUUGUUACUUGCCAAAGACAGCUUUUGAAGCCUUUUCCAACUAUUUCUCUAUUGGAACUUGUAAGUACUAAUUUGGGGAUGGAAAAUGGAAGAGAACCUCAACCAGAAGUUGUACUAGAACUUGCAAAACUAAAUACUGAUUUGGGGAUGAAAAAUGAAAGAGUACCUCAUUCAGAAGUUUUAUGUCAUCUAGACAAUGCAAAAAGCCUUUUUAAUGUGGCAUUGAUGGGAAAAUGGUUGGGUCGGUUAGCAAAUAUGGAAGAGGGCUUGUGGAAGAGUCUUAUUGUAGGAAAAUAUGGAGUAAAAGAGGGGCACUGGCUGGAAUGGGUGCGUGAUGGCAAAAACAUAAGAUCAUUAUGGUGGAGAGAUGUUCGAAGUCUCAAAGCUAAGGAGGGGGUGAAUGCGAGAUGGCUGUGGGAGGACUUUAGGCUGGAGAUAGGGGAAGGGAAAGGGGUUAGCUUCUGGUGGGAUGUGUGGUGUGGGGAGGAGUGUCUAGCUAACAAAUUUCCCAAAUUGUACUCAUUGUCAAUAAGGAAGGAAAAAGAAUGUCAUGAAAUGGGUAGUGCUGAUCAAGGCACAUGGAAAUGGAACUUGACAUGGAGAAGAAACCUGUUCGAGUGGGGAGAUGAAGCAACUAGAGAACUAAAAAGGAUGACCGAAGAUGUGAAGAUCACCCCAGGCCGCUCAAAUAGAUGGGAAUGGAUCCACAGCAAGGGUGGCCAAUACUCAACAAAGAUAGCCUAUCAAAUGUUAUCAACACAAAGGAGGGAACCGGAGGAAGCUAAAAUAUUUAAAAGAGUUUGGAAUCCCAUCAUCCCAAGUAAAGUUGAUGCGUUUAACUGGAAAGCACUGCUAGAUAGAAUCCCAACUAAGCUAAACCUGAUCAAAAGAGGAAUUAUCAAAGACAUGGCAGAAGAGAAGUGUGUUUUGUGUGAGGAAAAGAAUGAAGAUUUUAUCCAUUUGUUCUUAAACUGCAGAAUAGUUAGCAUUUUGGGGCAUGGACUACAAAACCACACAUCUCAAAAGGGUGGGACUGUAUCUGGAAUGCAGUUACAUGGACUGUAUGGAUGGCACAAAAUGGAAAGGUUUUUCAUGACUCGAAGGUAAACCCAAGCAAACUUUUUGAGCUUAUUCAAUUGAGAUCAUUUGCAUGGAUCAAAGCAAGGAAAGCAAGGAAAGCUAGGUGUUAUUUCACUCUUUUGGAUUGGUUGAUUGAUCCUACCUCUUGCCUCUUAAUUAAUUGUAGAGGAAAGUAGAAUGUAGUAGGAAAGGUUCGAAAGAUAGGAUUAACAUUGAAGGGCUUGUUUUUUGUAUUUGUAUUAAGGGUUUGAGUAUCCCUUGUAUUAAGGGUUUGAGUAUCCCUUGUACUCAGUUCAUCAAUGAACUAUCCAUUUGCUG